AUGGGUAAUUACUAUGGAAAGAAGUUAUCUGUAUUAUAUCAAAGAAGAAUAGGUGGAAACCUUCCUAGUGAAGGGACUACCGACUGGGUGGAUAUAUCGAGGUCAACCGAAGAUGUCUGCGCAAGUUCAUUCUGUGUAGUCGACGAGAUUCUGGUCCACAAGCCCGCUCGGGUCCGAUUAAAAGCAGCAGCUGCCGCUGGCGUGCGCAUAUUGCAUCGGCGCCGCGACGGGUUGAACAGGUCUUCGGAAGCCGUGGUCGUAGACGACCGGGUGGGCUGUGGGGACGGCGACGAACACGGGCUGGAUUACUCGUCUGGGCGGGAUCAUGACGACGGGGGGUGGGCGGCGCACGAUGACGGGACCGCCUCUUCUGCGUCCUCUGCCGGCCAUUUGCGAGGAUUCGAGGUGAGAAAAGACCUGCUUUAUGAAGGCGACGAAUCAGCGGUUUCUAGAAUAAUUACGAACGACGAGAAACCCACGAAUGAGGCGGAGUGGGCCGACGGAGGCUGCAAAAGUAGGCUGCCGAGCCUCUUGGCCCACGCGGUGCCUCAUGCAGGCAAUGCGCAUGUUCAGCGGUGGCUCUGGCGAUUGAUAAUGAUAGCGGCGAUAGCGGAUAAGGAUUGUGUUGGAUUGCCACCCACCGUUAUAGAUACUGCAAUUGACUACGGUUAUGACUACGACUACAUUCUGUGA